CGAGUGCGCAAAUACGAUAGGUUUCAGUUGUACCCCGUAAUAAGUGCCCAAUACAGUCACCUUCUGCACCAGUGAGUGUAAAGGCUGACUACGAAAUACUACCCGACUACUAAGCGUGCAACAGCAUUACAGAUCGUCAUCCCUAACUGACAACAUGAAGUCCAUGUUAGCAAUUGCGCUUUUCGCGUGUGCCAUCGCUGCAUCCUCUGCAGCCAUGCAAUGUAAUCAAACCCCAUUGGAUAUGCCGAUGCAAUGGAAGGAUAUGCAGGAGUCCUGCGUUGACAAGGUCAAGCAGCAAAUCGGUGAGGAACUUAAGGCCUCCAUGCAGUACCUCGCCAUGGGUGCCCACUUCUCCGACUACCAGAUCAACAGGCCCGGAUUCGCUAAAAUGUUCUUCGAGUCCGCUUCCGAAGAGAGGGACCAUGCCAUCAAGCUCAUCAGCUACUUGUUGAUGAGGGGUGAGCUGAGGCAGGACGUCAGCAACCUUAUCAAGAAGAAGUACACCCCGGCUGCGACCACCUGGGCCAGCGGUAUGGAAGCCUUGAAGGAUGCCCUCGCUUUGGAAGCUUCCGUCACCAAGAAAAUUCGCGACGUCGUCAAGGUUUGCGAGGAUGACGAGAGAUUCAACGAUUACCAUCUUGUCGACUAUUUGACUGGCGAAUUCCUCGAGGAACAGUACAAGGGUCAACGCGAGAUCGCCGGAAGGAUUUCCACCCUCGGCAAGAUGAUGAGCAAGCACAGCGCUCUCGGAGAAUUCCUGUACGACAAGAAACUCCUCAGUUAGAUUCCAUUCUAUUGAAAAUAAAUAUGCAUUACAUAUGAAAUAUUUUUUUAUAUA